AUAUUGGGAUUACUCCCGCAUAUUCCCAGAGCGAGUCAGGCCUUGUCACCGGCUCUGGCCAGCCCCAACAGGGGAUGGGCGCUCGUCCUUCUCCUAAAUCAGGAGCCGGGGUCGUCCCCACCUCUGUUGGCUUGGUCCUUGAGUGGGGGGGGGUCAAUUACCGCAUGACCCCUGAGCGGAGAUUCUCAUUUGACGCUCCCCCUCAUGAAUCUCAUUUGACCAGUACCCAGGAGCGACGUCAAUGGACUGGUCGCUCCACCGGCUCAUCUC